GUUUAAUUUUCCAUUCUUGUAGCUUUUUCCGAUCAAUAAUUCUUCAUAUGAUGUGAUGCGAUUGUAUUGCACAUUUAUGAUAGGAAAUUCUUAUUAAUUUGGGGAUUUACACAAUAAAAAAAUAAUUAAAACGUUAUCUACAAGAUAAAAUGGCAACAAACGAAACAAUGCCCGAAACUAUCACGAUGCUUCCCAGGUAGAAUACCUUACGACAUUUGUGUCCCGAUAUCAAAUUAAUCACUUCCACCAAAGCAAUAUACACGCUAGCUAAUUAAGAUUGUUGGACAAGAUAAUGCUGUGGUCAUUUGCCAGCCACUGUAGUGUCAAUAGUAAUGGAUAGAGACCAUUCCUCGUAUUGGACAUAUAACUGAUAUUGAAUACGGUAGUCAUGACCAUUGUAUUCUGACGUAUACCUUGUAAAUGCUUCUUAACACGUCAAUUAAUUGACACCGAAAUGUUAUAAAUACGAUAGGUCUCCAAGACAAUGACAAAUAAUGAAUGAAAUGGUGAGCUCGGAUUUCUCCCUGAUUUAGAAAAAUAAAAACCAUGAACAAUUCCAGCAUAUUCGCCGAACUGAGUACAGAGGCAUGGAUUACACCAGUGCUCAUUGUAUACGGACUUAUAUUUCUGACUUCUAUAAUAAUGAACUCGUUAGUUGUGGGGACUUUUUGUAGAUAUGAGUGUUUGCAUUCCAUUCACGAUCGUCUUAUUUUCGCGCUGUCUUCCGUAAAUAUGAUCCUUCUAAUUGGAAUGCCUUUUUACCUGAUGUAUUCUAUAGGUUACUCCUUUGUGUUAAAGAGUCAGUACUUCUGCCUUCUGAACUAUGUGAUUUUACACGGUGGAAUCGGAUGUUCCGUAUUCCUUCAGUUAGGAUUAGCAUUAGAUAGAUACAUGUGCAUCGUGUGGCCUUGGAAACAUUCCAAAAUACGCAAGCGAUAUGUGAUUUUAUAUGUCUUAAUAUCUUACAUUUUUGGAUUUGGAGUUAAUCUUCUACCAGCCUGGGGAUGGAAUAGCUGGUCCGAAUACAACAAGUGUGUCUGGCAGAGUUUUCCCUGGGAAUAUCAAUACUUUGUACGGAUUACAAUGAUGGCGAUUCUUGUCAUUAACCUUGGAAUUCAUCUCUAUGUUCUUCAUGUCGCUAACCGUCAUUCUAGGAAGAUCAGACGGCUUAUCAAACGGAUUAGAAGAGAGCAUUCUAGGACAGGUGGGUGUGAACACACUGCAGUGACCACUGUAGUUCUUCUGGCGGUCAUUUCCUCCUUGUGCUGGUUUCCAUACUGGAUUGCGGCCUUAAUUCUGCCACAAGAUACACUGACCACCAUCUUUAUUCUUCAGAUUUUAUACGCCAUCAUUAUUCUGAAUUCCGUGACAAGUCCGCUUUUAUUUGUAAUGAGGAAUAGACAUUUCAGAGAUGCUAUGUGUAAAUUGUUAACAUUAAAUCCAAAGUUGCAUCACUGUGGUACUUGAAUUGUAAGAGAGAGAG